AUGGAGGCAUACAUAAAACAAGAAGUCAAGAAAGCAGUCCAAGAGACCCGUCUCCUAUAUCAGUCCCAACUUGACAAGGCGCUAGAAGAAGUCAGCGUCUUAGAGAAAAGGCUAAAAAAGACAAGAAUAACAACACCCCCAGAAAGGGUAGAAAGAACUAGAACAGCUCUAGAGAAGCCAGAAAACUUCUCUGGAGACAAGAAGAAGUACUGGGCUUUCAGAGAGUCCCUACUUUUACAUUUUGAAGAUGACAUCGCCUACUUUAGGGAUGAUAGAAAAAAUAUAAGCUUUGUGCUUUCUUUUAUGAAAGAAGGAGAAGUCGCAGCCUUCAGGGCCGAUUGGCUCGAAAAUAGGGUUGAUGCCCAACAGCUGGAGCUUGACAUUAAAGACACAUACAGAAGUUGGCCGUUCUUUGCCAACAAAAUGGAAGAAUGA